AUGAUAGAAGUACAAGACCUCAUUGCCGAGAGAGGCGGGGACCCGCAGAAGGUGAAAGACAGCCUACAGAAGAGAUACACCUCGACCGACGUUGUUGACCAAGUCAUUGCACUGUGGCAAGAUGCGUAUCAGACGCGGUACAAAGCCAGCCAAGUGGGCGCAAAGAUCAAUGCAGUACAGAAAGAGAUUGGCCAGCUGAAGAAGGCAAAACAAGAUGCAGACCACCUCCUGAAACAAAAAGUGGAACUGGAGAAAGAGAAGAAGCAGACCGAAGACGAAGCCACAGAGAAGGAGAAGCUGAGAGACCGCAAAUGCAAGAUGAUCGGCAACUACGUGCACGAGUCAGUGCCAGUAAAUGACAACGAGGACUUCAACGAGGUCGUGAAGAAAUGGGCGCCCGAGGGCUUCACGGAAGAGAAACGCGACUGCCUCUCUCACCACGAAGUCAUGACCCGUGCAGAGAUCUACGACGGCGAACGAGGCGUCAAACUGGUCGGCCAUCGAGGGUAUUUUCUGAAGAAAUGGGGCGUGCUGCUCAACCAGGCGCUCAUCAACUACGGACUGCACUUCCUCGUCGCGCACGGUUACGAUCCUCUUCAACCGCCAUAUUUCAUGAAGGCCGAAUAUAUGGCCAAGACGGCACAGCUGGAGCAGUUCGACGAGGAGCUGUACAAGGUCAUCGAGGACAAGGAUGCAGAGGAUAAAUUUCUCAUCGCCACAAGCGAGCAGCCCAUCUCGGCCAUGUUUGCCGAGGAGUGGUUGACCGCGCAGGGCUUGCCCAUGAAAUUUGCCGGCUACUCGUCGUGUUUCCGGAAGGAAGCCGGUGCGCAUGGGCGAGACGCCUGGGGCCUUUACCGGAUACACCAGUUCGAGAAGAUCGAGCAGUUCCUCUUCACCAAGCCCGAAGACUCCUGGCAGGCCCUUGAAGACAUGAAGUCCAUUGCCGAAGAAUUCUACCAGUCCCUGAAACUGCCUUACCGAGUCGUCGCCAUCGUUUCCGGAGCUCUCAACAACGCGGCAGCCAAGAAGUACGACCUGGAGGCGUGGUUCCCGUAUCAGGGCGAAUACAAGGAACUGGUCUCAUGCUCUAAUUGCACAGACUACCAGACUCGAGAACUCGAGAUUCGGUACGGACAGAAGAAAGGCGCCAUUGAUUCUAGAAAGUCGUACGUGCAUGCUCUGAAUGGGACGUUAUGCGCUACCGAACGGACGCUGUGUUGCCUGCUGGAAAACUACCAGAAAGAAGACGGCUUCGAGGUGCCUGAAGUGUUGAGACGGUACAUGCCGCCGGGCACGCCGGACAUCAUUCCAUACACGAAGGAGUUACCCAAGGAUACAGUGACGGCGAAGGCUAAGCAACCAGCCAAGCCCAAGCCUGACGGAGGUGCCCCUACUGGUGGACCAAAACGUGAGAUGCCGGCCGCGGACAAUGUCGCCGACAAGAUGAAGGACAGCUUGAAGGUCUGA